AUGGCGACUCCAGUGGUGGAAUCGCUGUUCAUCACCUUGAAGCGCGGCAUGGCAGGCGUGCGGCAUCAACACGUGAGGAUUGUGAAGGCUAUCGGCCUGACAUAUCGGCAGCAGACUGUGGAGAGGACAAACACGCCAGCCAUGCGAGGGGCCGUCGCCAAGAUCCCCCACCUCCUGACUCUGGAGACCAACCUACAACGAGCUGCGCGGCUUGCUGCUCAGGCAGAGGCGAGAAAACUCAGACCUCCUGUGAUUGUUAAGCAUGCUUGA